AUGGCCAAGUACCUGGCCCAGAUUGUCCUGGUGGGUAUGCAGGUGGUGGGCCAGGCGUUUGCCCGGGCUCUGCGGCAGGAGUUUGCAGCCAGGCAAGCGGUCGCGGGUGCCCGAGAGAGCUCUGCGGGGUCUCGUUCUGCGGCAGCCUUCAGCAUCUCCGGGAUCAGCCUCCAGGAGGCCCAGCGGAUACUCAACGUCUCCAAACUGAACCCAGAGGAAAUCCAGAAGAACUACGAGCAUUUAUUUAAAGUGAACCACAAAUCCAUGGGGGGCUCCUUCUACCUGCAGUCCAAGGUUGUGCGAGCCAAGGAGCGGCUGGACGAUGAACUGCAGAUCCAGUCCCCCCCGCAAGAACAAGAGGCAGAGCGCAAACCGGACACGUAG